GAACCUACUGUACGGUCUGUACAAAAUCUACUCGUACUAGUACGUUCGGUACGGUAGUACUACGCGUAAUAGUUAUCGGAACAGUACAAAUGCAUCGGAGGGAGGAAAUCAAUUUAAAUUGAAAAGUGCGAAACAAAAACUUUCCCUUGGACAAACAAUAAGUGAUACUGGCAAUGUUACACGAUUGAAUAGAAACAAGGAUGCCGGUUCGAGACGAAGAUGUAGCACAAUUGGUGUGCAUGGGAUUCCCCGAGGAACAGGCUCGAAAUGCACUGCAAACUACCGCAGGAAACUUGGAAAUGGCCGUUAACCUACUUCUUUCCGGAGAKGCCAUCGGAAGCGCAGGGAACGAAAAUGGCGCUUUGCUGUCCCCUACUGCGAUACCAGCUGUUCCUGUUGCAACCGAAUCUCCAGCUGCGGUGGUGAUAAAGGGUUCGUCGAGCCAGUACUCGCAUGGUCCCGACGGACGCUCGGCUUGCACCUGCAUCGCGUUAACGGCUGCCGACAUCCUUGCCAGCAGCUGCACAGCAAAAAGCAGAGACAGCGACGAGCAAACCUCGAUAACGACUAGCUUUYUAAACCGUGCCAUCGAAGAGGGAGUUUCAAGGUAUCGAAUCCUGCGGCRACGGUGCGAUGCUGGUGGUGGGUCGAACAGCAGCAUCGAACACUUGUCGGCGGAGGAAGUCUUGCUGAAGGACGAACAAGGAGCGGCCCCCGAAGGAAAACACCUGUUUGGCGUUCGCGUGGUCGCUAUUGGUGGAGGACUAGGCGUCCGCCAGGGGGCAUUGAGUCGCGACCCUGGCCACCCGCUGGGACUGCCGUCUGUCCUCAACGGGCUUGUGGGAGACGUUCGAGAGCAACGAAAGCGGGAGUGGAACCAAACCGGAAACACAAAUGGUUCCGCGAACGGCAGACCGUCACCUAUGAUUUACAUUCUGAUGACCAAGUCGCCAGAGACGGUUCUCUUGUGUCUCCCUUGUGACRACUGCAAAAAGGUCAAUGAAAAAGGACGGUAUUGGCUCGUGGAUUCCCACCCCCGGCCCCACCUAUUUCAGCGAGCCGAACACGCCUAUGCGAAACCUCACGACACCAUGGAUUCCCUUUUACAAAGUCUCCGGUGCAUCUUCCCGUUGACAGAUCUGGGCCCCGACAUUCCACCUAUGAUGGCGGAUAUGUACAACAUGUUUGAUUUGUACGCACUUGAAGUGCGAGCGUGAAACACCGAUGAUAACCUAACAGAACAAAAAGAUUGUUAUCAA